AUAUAUAUAUAUUAAGAGUACAAGUAUUUUUUUUGGUUAUCACUAACGCAGUACAGGAUAUCAAACAACAAAAUGAAUAUUCAGUUUUUUUAUAUAGGCCUUCUCAUGGCUGGGAAUCCAGUUUUUGGGAAAGAAGUUUGUUGGACACCGAUGCUUUGUGAAGGCCAGACAACGCCAUCGUGGAUAAAACUGAAUAUCGGCGCUUCAGGCAAUACCGAAGAUUACAAAUGCGCAGAAAGAGUCGAAGCGUUGGAAGGCACUGUCAGCACGAUGAAGAAUCAAAUCCAAAAACUGACAAAACUAAUAACUGGUACGAUGACGACUGGUGCAACUACCAAGUCAUCAACAGGUAAAUUAAUAUACGUCUUCUAUGCAGGUUAG